AUGCGCGCCCUCGCGGGGCUUGCUAUUGAAUGUGGGCAGCGCCGCGUGGCGGCAGCGAUCGUCCUCGGCUACCACUGCAUCCUGAGGACUGGUGAGCUUCUACGCGUUCGCAAUGGCGAUCUCGAGUUGACCCCGCGCCGCGGGCGCGGGGUCGUCAACUUGCACUCAACUGAAAGAGGCCAGCGCCGCCUGCAGCAGGAGACAGUCACGGUCGACGAUCCGCCGCUCGUGAAGUGGCUGGCUACGCUCCUGGAGCCGCUGCAGCUGGGCGACACGCUCGUGGCUCUCACGCAGCAUGCGUUCCGGGAUUUCUUCCGCCACAUGCUGCUCACCCUCGGGCUGGCCCAGUCGGGUUUCAAGCUAUACUCGCUGAGGCGAGGUGGGGCCACUUUCCAUUACAGGGAGUUCGCGAACCUGCAUGCGACCACUAUGAAGGGACGGUAG